UCCAGAACGUUGACGCACACAUUUCGCCUCAUAUUCUUCCUGACACGAAACGCAGCUCCGCGGAUCAGGCGUCGCGUCACUAACUCAAAAGGUGCUCAAGGUUCCCGCUCAGAACAUCGGUCCAGGGGGGCACUACCGUAGGUUAACCGUUGGUGCUCACUAUGCCUUUUUGAAGGGGUACCAUUGUGACUGGCUUAAAGAGUAAGUUACAAGAUAUAUUCUGUUUUUUUUCUGGAUCUCUAUACGUGAAGUGAGGAAGAUGUUUUCGUCCGCGGGUAAACGCUGUUUUACGAUAGAAUCCUUGGUGGCCAAAGAAAACCCUCUAACUACGGAAGAUCCCAUCCGACCGACGGCUUUGACUUAUUCCAAUCCCACUGACGCUUUCAUGAACGGGUACCAGAGUCCCACCGGCAGGUCUCUGUAUCAGAACCCGGAGCUGGUGUUCCCUGAGUCAGUCAACCACCCAGGGCUGACCAUGAACCCCCACCAGCUAGGAGGGGGCCACCUACAACACCCUGCACACUUCUUUGGGACGCAACACCGAGACCCUCUUAACUUCUACCCAUGGGUUUUACGGAACAGGUUCUUCGGACACAGAUUUCAAGGAAAUGAUAUUUCCCAAGAUAGCAUGCUCCUUCACGGCCCGUUCGCCCGGAAACCCAAGCGGAUCCGCACCGCCUUCUCCCCGUCGCAGCUCCUGCGGCUUGAACGGGCGUUCGAGAAGAAUCAUUACGUAGUAGGAGCGGAGAGGAAACAGCUGGCCAACAGUCUGAGUCUGUCUGAAACACAGGUGAAGGUGUGGUUCCAGAACAGGAGGACUAAAUACAAGAGACAGAAGCUGGAGGAGGAGGGGCCUGACUGUCAUCAGAAGAAGAAAGGAAACCACCACAUCAACAGAUGGAGGCUUGCCACCAAGCAGGGCAGCUCAGAGGACAUUGAUGUCACCUCUGAGGACUGAGAAUACCCCCCCCGACU